UCCUCAGACAACACGGUAGUAUUUAUCAAUAUGUCGUCUUGUUUAUUUCGGUUUUUAGCGGCGCUGUUGCUUUACGCUUUGGGCGCCACUGCUGCAGACCCAGUUGAUUGGUGGGAGGCCGCCGCACUUUAUCAGAUUUAUCCACGUUCCUUUAUGGACAGCGAUGGCGAUGGUAUAGGCGACUUGAAUGGCAUCACCUCAUAGUUGGCGUUUCUUAAGGAAAUUGGUGUUACAGCAACUUGGAUCUCACCCAUAUAUGAUUCCCCGAUGGCUGAUAUGGGCUAUGACGUCCGCAAUUUUACGAAAAUUUAUCCGGUGUUUGGCACUAUGGAGGAUUUCGAUAAUAUGUUGGCUAAGGCCCAUGAAUUGGAAUUGAAAGUAAUUUUAGACUUUGUACCUAAUCAUUCGAGUGAUGAGUGUGAGUGGUUCCAGAAGUCGAUACGUCGUGAAGAUGGCUAUGACGAUUUCUAUGUAUGGGAUGAUGGCAAAAUUGACCCAGAGACGGGCGAGCGUUCACCACCAAGCAAUUGGAUGUCGGUUUUCGGUGAUUCUGCAUGGACGUGGGUUGAAGAGCGGCAACAGUACUAUUUGCACCAGUUUCUCGCGCAGCAAGUGGAUUUGAACUACGCUAGUCCCAAGGUACACGAGCAUAUGAAGGAAGUGAUGAAAUUUUGGCUCGAUCGUGGUGUAGACGGUUUUCGGAUGGAUGCCACGAACUUUUUAGUUGAAAAACGUUUCGAAAAUGGCACAUUUCCAGAUGAACCACUCAGCGGAGAAACAAAUGAUUCCACUGUUUUUAGAUAUCUCAAACACAUCUAUACCCAGGAUGAUUGGGAAAAUACUGAAAUAAUUUACGAAUGGCGCGAAUUCCUAGACGAAUAUCAGAGACUCAAUGGUGGAGAUACAAGAGCUAUGAUAAUCGAAGCAUAUUCCAAUGUUACCGUUCUGAGCGAUUAUAUUUCUAAUGGCACCAAUGACGGUGGUCAGAUGCCAAUGAAUUUCAAUUUCGUGAGACUGAACGAAAACACCAAUGCGGAGACAAUUGAAACACAAGUUAACGCAUGGAUGGAUGUCAUAUGGGCGAGACAUAAAAUGGCCAAUUGGGUGGCAAACAAUCAUGACAACAGUCGCUUACCAACACGUAUGGGUGAGAGCAAAGUGGAUGCCAUGACUAUGAUAAUACAUGCACUGCCCGGUACAUCGGUUACUUAUUACGGCGAAGAGAUCGGAAUGACUGAUUAUGCCGCCGCUUGCUCCGGAGACCCUUGCAACUUUCGAGAUCCAGAGCGCACACCGAUGCAGUGGAACGGAUUGAAAAACGCCGGCUUCAGCACAGGCAACUCAACUUGGCUGCCCGUCAAUACCAACUACAAAUACUUAAAUGUACAAGUUCAACGAGGAGUGGCGCGUAGCAGCUUGAAGAUAUUCAAGGGCAUGACGGCGCUGAAGAAAACGCCUGCCUUUAAGGCGUUCAAGGAGGAUGGCGGUUUUUCUUAUGGCGCUCUGUCAAAGCAGGUUUUCCAGGUCGUGAGAACCGCGGUCGAUCGUGAAGAAAUUCGUGUUCUUGCCAAUUUAGGCAAUCAAAUAGAAUAUUUCGAUGGUUUGACUAACAAAACAAUGGAAUACGUCUUGCUUAACUCUUAUUCACCACACAGAUACGGUGACAAGCUGGAUUUAAACGGAAGAAUUUAUUUAAUGCCAUUUGAGGCGGUCGUUCUACGCUGGUCCGCAUAAAGGAUUUGCCUAUAAAAUUGCAUAGUAUUAAAUUUUUUUGAACUAGUAAUACUUAUAAUAAUGAUCUAGAGUAUAAACAAAUAAAUAUUUAGUCAUGUCAACGAAA